UACCUGAAGAAACGCCCAUUUUCCUCCCGAAGACUAAUUUUGCGUUUGUUAAUCACGAUGUCUCAUACGGCUAGAUAUCUGCCAUCGCCGCACACGCAACGGUAGGAAAAUACAGACAACUAGGUUUAAAGAAAUACGUACAAGAGACUAAAACUACCUUCUGCCUUCGUUUGAAAGUCCAUUUACUGCCUGGAAUAUCUAGACUUACUGUGUCUAAACUAAAGCGUUUUGUUUGAACUUGAAGCAUCUGCUGCCUUAGACGCUUGUGUUGAAGAGGUAGACGUCUGCAUAAGUAUUUCGGAUAUUUAACUGAAAUGGGAAGAAGACAGGAUGACGAAAAUUUUAGUUUUGUUAGCCCGUGCAUCAAGUAUUUACUUUUCUUUUUUAACUUUAUAUUCUGGGUGAUUUCAAUGGUAUUGAUGUCUGUAGGGGUGUAUGCAAGGAUCGAGAAACAUGCUGAGGCAGCAUUGGCCUACCUGUCAGUGGAUCCAGCCAUCCUGCUGCUGGUUGUUGGCGUGCUCAUGUUCUUCCUCACCUUUUGUGGGUGUGUUGGCUCCUUGCGUGAAAACAUCUGCCUGUUGCAGACGUUCUGCAUCUCUUUGAUUGUGGUGUUCCUGCUGCAGCUGGCCACUGGGGUCCUGGGCUUCAUCUUCUCUAAUAAGGCUCGAGCUAAAGUGACUGAGAUGGUGAACGACGCUAUUGUUCACUACAGGGAUGACCUGGACUUACAGAACCUCAUUGAUUUUGGGCAGAAAGAGUUCGGCUGCUGUGGAGCGAUCUCCCACAAAGACUGGACCAGAAACAUGUACUUCAACUGCAGCCAGCUCAACCCCAGCCAAGAGCGAUGCUCUGUGCCUUACUCCUGCUGCCUAGUGUCCAAAAAUGAGAGCAUCAUAAACACCAAAUGUGGCCACGGGAUGCAGGAUAUGAAAGAGAAUGAAGUCAGCAUUUUCAUCAACACCAGCGGUUGCAUCGACAAGCUUGUUGACUGGAUCCACAGCAACCUUUUUCUGCUGGGUGGUGUAGUGCUGGGCCUGGCUAUUCCUCAGGUGCGUUCCAGGUGCGUUCCAGGUGUGUUCCAGCUGGUGGGGAUGCUUCUGUCCCAGACACUAAUCAACCAGAUCAAGGACCAAAUUGAGCUACAGGAGAAUCAUUCCCGCCAUCAGUGAGCGAUGUGGGGUAUCGCCAUGACUACGACCCUCAGCCGCCCAUCUCUCUGUCUGCCAAACACUUUGUAUCAAUGUGCCCAAACACCUGGGGCCAUAAUAUUUCCUUUAAUACUAAAAGCAUUUAUAUUGGGCUCUGUGCCCUGAAAUGCCAAAGCACUGUACAGUGUUUCUAGAUUCAAGAGUGAUUCUAAUAUUGUGUCACCAAGCUGUCUGAUGUUGAUGUGUGGUUAGCUGUUCUGCCUCCAAAAGCUUUUUUUUUUAUUUUUUUAUUUUGGGGGGGGGGGGGGUGAAUUAAGCAGUUACUUCGAAAAAAGACACUUGGCUUUGGUUGUUCUUGAGCAUUUCUGACAAUUCCAGCUAGUCAUUUGUUUUACAAAUUAAAGUUUCAGAUCAUUUAAGAAUUUAUAACAAUGCUUUUAUAGUAAAAAAAAAGGUAAUCAGUAUCACACCAGUACAUACAAUUGAACAAAAAUUCAGAGACACUGGCCCACAAAAACUGGUUUGUCCUUCUAUAACAUGUACCGGCUCCACUUAAAGAAACUUACAUUUCACCACAAACUUCCAAAAUACAGGGUUCUACCACUGUUCUGAAAGUCCAAUACAGUGAUGUGUCCUGGAUCUAUUAUAGGUCCAUCCAUCUAUCCAUCCAUAUCCCAACUGCUUCAGCUGCAUCAACGGUCAUAACGAAGCUCGGGAUCCUGGGGCAGGACAACGGUUUUUUUUUUUUAGAGGUUCAGUAAUGUUGAGGAAGAGAGCGAUGUUACUACGUCUGGACUGUGAACCCAUGGCAGUGCUCUGACGAUUCGUACAUCCAUCUACAAGAUAGGGGACAGCCUGGGCCGGUGUCCCCUUCUCAAAAAGCUAAAGAUGACGUCACAAUGCCCAGGUCGUAAAAUGUCCCCAGAUGAAUAUCUAUUCCUAUUGUUACGUAUCGUAAGGUUCAGGGAAGGGGUUACCCUGCAGGUCCAGCUCGUCGCAUGUUGCUCCCUUCGACUCCGCCUCCCGGACCUGGCCACGCCCAGAUCUUCGACACUGCUUCCGGAUCUAGGGUUGAAAAUGUCAUUGUUGGCUUGUUGUUGGUUUGAUUGCGUUUUGAUUGUUUGUAUAUCACAGAUUUUUGGUUUCCUGGUUUUUGACUUUCGCUUUGCCCCUUCUGUACCUUUGUGCCGUUGGUUUGAUUGUCUUCUGGUUUUGGUCUCUCGCUUUCCUCCUGAGUACUCUCUGUGCCUCAGCCCUUUGGAUACUGUGUUUCGGUUUUUGUGUCUCCUGUAUGUCCGUGUCUGUUAGGUGCGUAGGGAGUGACUGAUGUUUGGUUUAUGCGUUCGUGUGGUUCACAGUUGUUUUGGUAAGGGAGUCAGAUUUAGUUUUGUCAUUUUGUUUUCCUGUUUUCAUUUGAUUUAGAAUUAGAUUAGUUUGGGACGUGUUAGUUAGUGCUGUUUUGUUUAUUGUUUUCCCGUUUCACUCCCGAAGUCUGUUACCCUACUGUUUGUGAAUAAAUAUUUAAAAAAUACAAAAAAGA